AUGGAGUGCAUUCAUGCUAGUAAUGGUAACCCUACCUCUUCUUCAGGGUCAUCUUCCAAGGAAAACAAGAGCAAGGAGAAAAAGGGUGUGAAGAAAAGCAAGGGAGUGAAGCUUUCCACUGAUCCACAAAGUGUAGCAGCCAGAGAAAGAAGGCAUAGAAUCAGUGACAGGUUCAAGAUCCUUCAGAGCAUGGUCCCUGGUGGGAGUAAGAUGGACACAGUUUCUAUGUUGGAGGAAGCCAUUCACUAUGUGAAGUUCCUCAAGACACAGAUUUGGCUUCACCAAACCAUGAUGAACUUUGUAGAUGAUGAAUACUCACCCAUGUACCUUCCUGUGGAGCAGCAUUUUCCUAAUGAACACACCAUUUCCCUUCAGCACAACCCUUCAGUUUCAGUAGAUUCUCUGCACACUUUACCACAACUUCCACUAGCCCAAUGUUGCUUCAAAGGUGAAGAAGAUACUACUAUGAAAUAUUGGCCAGCUUAG